AUGAAGCCGCCAAAUUUACGUCUUUUAACGCCGAAUGGAAGAUUCGAAACAAAUAAAAAUAUUUGUUUAAGUAUUUCUGGUUAUCAUCCCGAGACUUGGCUGCCGUCUUGGUCAAUUAGAACAGCUCGGAAUAAUUUCGGAAUACUAAACAGACUCCGAUUGGGACAUAUUAUAUGUCAUUCGACUCAGCUCGGCGAGCUGAGUCGAAUGACAUCAAAAUAUCGAUUGGGACAUAACUAUGGGCCGAGAUACAGGGCUCGAAAUGGUCAAAAACCAUAG